AUGUCGGACACAGAGGAUGCGGGAAAUGAGAUGGUGGAGGAGACGAAGGACACCAAGAAGAAGGUAGUCGGUAAGGGAGCCGCCUCCAAGGGCGCUGGUGGCAAGAAGUUCGAAGUUAAGAAAUGGAACGCUGUCGCUCUGUGGGCCUGGGAUAUCGUCGUCGAUAACUGCGCCAUUUGCCGAAACCACAUUAUGGAUCUUUGCAUCGAGUGCCAAGCCAACCAAGCCUCGGCCACGAGCGAAGAGUGCACAGUCGCUUGGGGUGUUUGCAACCACGCUUUCCACUUCCACUGCAUCAGUCGCUGGCUGAAGACGAGACAAGUGUGCCCCCUCGACAACCGCGACUGGGAGUUCCAGAAAUAUGGUCGCUAA